UGCAUGGCUGAGCGUACCAUCACCUUGGGCCGAGACGAGGAGCGCGAGAGAGGCAAGGGCGCGGGCGGGACGCUAUGAGCACAGCGACGAAGAAGGGCAAGGAAAGGGCCGAGGUCCGUGAGGACCUCUUGCCGUCCUCUGACGACGAAGAGAAGGAGAAUGAGCCCAAGGGGUUGGACGUGGAGGAUAGGGACGCCUACGAAGUGUUUGAGCCGGGCCAGCCUUGGACGCAAGUCAUUGGUACGCAGGAGCAGAGAGAAGCUUGGAGGAAGGGAUGGGACCUCUACCUCGAGGACGAUGACGAAGGGCUACUUUUUGAUGAAAAUGAGGAGGAAGAAGGGGGAGAAGGAGAAGGAGAGAAAGAGGAGGAGGACCUUGACCGACGUCAGGGCAGCCAAGCAGAAGUCGAUAUCUCGGAGGGACCUUCGAGACAAUUUUCUCAGCACCAAGACGCAGUGUUGGAAGAAUAUGACAAGCAGGAGCAAGGUCAACAACCGACUCGACCCUGGUGGGAGAAGGGAAAGACUACACCGCUCCUCAACGACUUCGACGAAGAGAGGAGGAAGUUCUAUCUGUCGCAAGCACAAGGUGCUGAGGGAGAAAACGAACGACAGAACGACGGAGCGGCCCAGGACUCGGUUCAUGGCCGUAUCGGCUUCCAGUCUGUCAUGUCGAGGCAAAGGCACGGUCAAGGUCGGCCCUAUCACGAAGAAACAGGCACAAUUGCAAGAGCAACAAAGAUCAUCAAAAAGACAUGGUCGCAGACAAUGGAAACAAGACGCCAUCAGCAGGAGACGAACUCGAGGAAGAAGAGACCAUCUUUUGCUCACGCGCUCGGUAGCAACAGCAGGACACUACACGGCGGCGCCGGCAGCGGCGGCAGCGGCAGCGGAACAUCGCCGGCAGGACGUAUCAGGGGAGGACAAGCAAAGGCCCGUGGGCGACGGUCCUAGACAGACGACAACACAACAAAAGCGAACAACUCUUUCUCCGCAUGUUUCACAUUAGAUCGCUUCAUUCAAGCUUGUAUCGCCAAGUCUUGCCUCACAAGUGUAAAAUCAUCAAUUAACAAUCAUCGUUCGCCC